AUGGCUUAGCCAGAAGAGGUAGCAAUGAAUUAAUAAUUAUGUUAUAUAGAUUUUCUAGUUUUAACUGUAAAGGUGUGAAGCGCUCUGUGGAUACUGUUAGAGAGCUGUGUCAGAACUCAGACUUGGUUGCUGUGCAGGAAACUUGGCUUAUGCCUGAUGAUAUAGCCUAUCUCGAUACUAUUGACUACAACUUCUGCUCCACGGGCACCUCGGCAGUGCACACAGCGGCGGGCAUGCUGCGCGGGCGGCCCCACGGAGGUGUGGGUCUUCUGUGGCGACGUACGGCGUUUCAAAGUGUUUCCGUAGUGCAGUGCAGUAAUAUGCGUUUGUGUGCGGUAAAGAUAAUGACUAACGAUAAUCGUCACCUUAUUGUGGUAAGUGUGUAUAUGCCCACCGACUGCAGUGAAAACUUAGCCGAGUUCACAGACUGUUUGGGCGCGGUAAGUGCAAUAAUAGAAGAGCACGGCAUAGAAUCGGUAUUUUUAAUGGGGGACUUUAACGCCCACCCCAAUGAACGGUUUUACAAUGAAAUGAUUAACUAUUGCAACGAGCAAAAAUGGUGUUGUGUAGACGUUAAUAAUCUAGGGAUAAACUCAGAUACGUAUACAUUUAUCAGUGACGCACAUCUGUGCAGACGUUGGCUUGAUCAUUUCGUGUUGACACAGGCUGCGGUACCAUCUGUGCGCAAAGUAUGUGUCAAGCAUUGUGUUACCUGGUCGGACCACCUCACUAUAGUUUUAGAAUGUGAUUUGGACAUUAUAGUACCUAAAAUAACUAGCGAAAUAAACAAAGGCAAUAAAAAUGUAAUAUGGGGGGAAAGAACGAUGGAACAAAUUGACUUGUGUAAUAAAGAGUGUCAUAAAAGACUACGUUUAAUUGAGUUCCCAUCUGACUUACGGCAGUGUGGGGAUAAGUGUUGCCGGGAGCCUAGUCAUAGACAUGUGUUGAACGCGUUAUAUAACGACAUUGUUUUUUCUCUAAGAACGGCUGCGACUGUUGGUAGGGAGGAAAAACAGUGUAAAGCUAUGCAACGUAUUGUAGGCUGGAAUAGGCAUGUUAAAGAAGCUCACAUGGUUGCCAGACAAUGGUUUAAUGAGUGGAUUGUGUUUGGGAAACCCACAAACGGUAUUUUAUACAGAAAGAUGUGUGAAACUCGUAAGAUCUUUAAAUCACGGUUAAAAUGGUGUCAAGAUCAUCAAAAGCAAAUCAAACUUGAUAUCAUAAGCUCACACCACUCGAAAAAACAUUUUAAAUCCUUUUGGAAGUCCACAAACAAAUUAAAACCCUUGACUGGCCUACCCAGUGGAGUCGAUGGUGUGAGUGACCCUAAAACGGUUGCUAAUUUAUUUAGGGACCAUUUUGUAGUCAAGUCUCCCUUAGGUCCUACGAUGCCGGAGGGAUUCGAUGGAGAUACCUGUAGUGAGGACGUAGGACCUAGAAUUACUGCCAGAAGCAUAGAUAAGGCUAUCAAGUCUAUGCACAAAGGUAAGUCCCCGGGUCACGAUGGUCUCUCCAUCGAGCACCUGCAGCAUGCCGGGCCCCAGAUAUCAAGGUUGUUAGCCAUGUUUUACACUCUGUGUAUUCGCCACUCAUACCUUCCUGAUGACCUAAUGCGGACGAUUGUUGUUCCUGUAGUUAAAAACAAAACUGGGGAUUUAGCAGACAGGAAUAACUAUCGGCCAAUAUCGUUAGCGACAAUUAUUGCAAAAAUACUUGACAGUGUGCUUAAUUCACAGUUGAGUGAACGUGUAGAGCUGCAUGAUAACCAAUUUGGUUUCCGGCCAGGAUUAUCCACGGAAGCGGCAAUACUGAGUCUUAAGCACACUGUGAAGUACUAUACUACCAGGAGGACACCUGUUAUUGCUUGUUUUUUGGACUUGUCCAAGGCUUUUGACCUGGUUUCCUACAAAAUACUGUGGAAAAAACUUGAGGACACAGGUCUUCCACCAGAAACUGUAAAUAUCCUUAAGUAUUGGUAUGGGAACCAGGUCAACAGUGUUCGAUGGGCAAACGCAAUGUCUGACGAAUAUAGGUUGGAGUGUGGAGUGAGACAGGGGGGUUUGAGCUCACCGACACUGUUCAACCUAUAUAUUAACGGGUUAAUUGAGACGCUCAGCAAUACGCAUGUCGGAUGUCAUAUAGAUGGGGUAUGUGUCAACAACUUGAGUUAUGCAGACGAUAUGGUGUUGUUGAGCGCGUCAGUGUGUGGGAUCAGGCGAAUGCUGAAAAUUUGUGAAGCGUAUGCAACUGACCACGGCCUCAAAUAUAAUGGGAGCAAGAGUCAGUAUAUGGUUUUUGAGACUGACCGCAAAAAUACAAUCGAGCUUCCAUCUAUAUACCUUAAUGACGCUCUUUUGGAAAGAGUUGAUUCCUUUAAGUACUUGGGGCAUAUAGUUGCGGUCGAUCUCAGAGACGAUAUGGACUUGGAGAGAGAGCGAAGGGCCCUGUCGGUCCGGGCGAAUAUGAUCGCUCGAAGGUUUGCAGGAUGCUCUAUAGAGGUGAAAGCAACAUUAUUCAGAGCUUUCUGCACUUCCCUCUAUACCUGCUGCCUGUGGGCGCAGUAUACGCAACGGGCUUAUGGGGCCCUCCGUGUACAAUACAAUAACGCAUUCAGGGUGUUGAUGGGACUGCCCCGUUUCUGUAGCGCGUCAGGUAUGUUCGCUGCGGCGCGCGUAAAUUGCUUUCACACGGUAAUGCGCGGGCGCACCGCAUCCCUGAUGCGUCGGGUGCGGAGCAGUCCCAACAUCAUUCUGAAGAUGAUAGCCGAGAGGGUGGAUUGUGUAUAUUUAUCACACUGUGGAAGAUUACACUCUCCCACUAGUACUGUCAAAUGGUGA